AUGAUUGGCAGUGUGUUCUUCAUAUUCAACCGCCUGGUUGAGAUCGUCUUCCUGAUCCCAAUCAUUGGCAUGCUGGCCUACUUCGUUAAUGGCUACCUCAAAGCAAACGAGUUGACACCACCUUAUAUCCUGGUCCUGUUUAUCGUCAGCGUAAUCGCCAUCUUCUGGGCCCUCGACACGCUAAUCCGCUUCUCAACAACAAGGCGAUCUGCAAUCUUCGUGGCGUUUGUGGAUAUGCUCUUCUUCGGCGCAUUCAUUGCAGCCGUCUACCAGCUCCGCUUCAUUGCCAAAGCCGACUGUGCCAGCUGGCAUGGCGGCUCCGUCUGGAUCUCCCUGGGUCCAUUCGGGUCCUACGGCCAGCGCACAGAUAAUCCGCUAUCGCUGGACAUCAACAAGACUUGUGCCAUGUUGAAGGCCUCCUUCGCAAUUGGUAUCAUGGAGACGGCAUUCUUCUUCUGGACUGCACUGCUUGCGCUGUUCUUGCACCACUCGCAUGAUAACGAGCGGACUGUUGUUAAGGAGACUACGACUGUGCGGAGACGUAGUCACUCCAGUCGUCGUGGUCAUGGAUCUGGCUCGCACUCGCGUCAUCGCAGCUCUAGCCGCAGACCUGCACCUUAUGUCGUUUGA